AUGUGGAAAGGAAGUCCAGGAAUCCCCUUCCUGUCUUUCUGGUUUCUCUCUGGGCUUCCUGCUCGGGUCACAAGCGCCACAAGGGCCGGCAGCUGCGGGGAAACGGUAGGCGGGGGAUCCAGCUCCAAGCAAAUCUCCCGCGGGCGCGUGGGAGGUGUGGCCAGUGCUGGGCGCAGCCUCGCCUCCCGCCCCCCGGGGCUGCGGCGGGGACGCUUCUCUGGAGGGUGUGGCGGAAACUUGAGGCUCGGAGUCCGCGGGACCGGAAGGGGCUCCGUAGGUCGGGGCAGGGUGGGCGCGAGAGAGCCUAGAAGCCCAUGUAGCCGCGAAUCCCGCAGCCGAAUACACCUCCCUCCGUGCCUCCCCGCCUUUUCUGCAGAGCUCCGCCCUGGAGUGAAGGAAGAGCCGUCACCUGGAGCUCCGAAAAAAGCAGAAGGCGCUUUUUAUUUAGCUAGUGUGACCCCGCCAGAGCCUUCUCAGUUGGAUAAAACUCUGCAAAGAAAAUGUCUAGCACUUAUAUCUCCAGUAAUGCCUUUCAAGGUUUCUUGUUGCUUGUUCAUCAUUGCAGUCCUGACUACAAGUGUGAUUGCACUUUCUAUUGUUUUGUCAGACAUAAGAAAUUGGACAUUGAGUCAAACCUUCUGUGUCUCAUUAGAAGCCAGCCUUGCUCAGUUUGCAGCUAUGGAGGAACUGGAUUUCCUGAAAAGAUACAAAGGCCCUUCUGACCAUUGGAUUGGCCUUAGAAGAGAAUCAUCCCAUCACAUUUGGAAAUGGACAGACAACAUGGAAUAUAAUAACACGCUUGCUAUCAGAGGAGGUACAGAAUGUGCCUUCCUGAAUGACAAUGUAGUCAACAGUGGCAGAAUCUACAUAAACAGAAAAUGGAUUUGUAGCAAGCCAAACAGUUAUGUCUACAGUUGCCAGUUAUGUCCCCACUGGGAUACUACCUAGUAGAGCUGUGAGGAGAGGGCCACCAUCCUCCAGACUCCAGAAUGGUAGAUUCAGCAGCGGCUUCCACCAUGCCCCUGGAAAAACUGCAAGUAACAGACCUGCACAUGUAUCCCCUAAAUCAAAAAUUGGAAAAAAUGGAACUUUGAUGUUAAGAUGCACUGAUACAAAACUUAAAUUUUGGUCUCCUACAUUAAAACAAUAUGAGUCUCUUAAAAUACUGAUUUGUUCUUAGUAAGAUUACAAGAGGCUUUGAUUUUUAAUUCUACAAUGUUUCCUUAACAGCCAUUCUCUGAAUUACAAACUAAUUCCUAUUUCUGCCACAUUCCUUUCUGAGAACUGUCUAGUCCUGGUUUGGGGUUUAUCUUAAAGGUCUAGAAAGGCAACAUUUUACUUCAGCAAAACUUGAUUCUAUAUUGUUUUUUUUUCUUAAUGUGUCAAAAUUGUUUUGUUACCAGGACUUCCUAUGUUGUUACUAAAUGUAUUCCCCUGAUAAAGGUAACUGGCCUAGAAAACAAAGAUUCUGUGUUUUACCAAGAUAAUACCCAGUGCUUCAUGGUGUCUUUAUUAGGCUUCGACUGCUUAGGGAAACUGAGCUUUAAAAGGGUAAAGGUUUUUACAUCCAUGUAACUUUCUGAGGUCUUUAGGUUGUCACUCUGAUUAAAUGAGUAGUAUUCUUGGCAGUGACUUAUAAUCUGUUGAAGGAAGUAUUUUAAGCUUUUUGACAUCUUUGGCAGGUUUCUCUAGAAUCCAAAUCCUAAAUUAAGCCUUUUGGCCUAAAGUUGACUGGGAUUUUUCCAGGUGGACCCCCUAGAUAUGCCCCUCAAAAGGCAUAUCUUUCUUGUAGAGAUAUUAAAUGAUUAGGCUUAUUUGGCAAAUACUACUGGAAGCAUUGUCAAAUAAGAAAUGGCGUUUUACCUUUCUUUAAGCUAUGUUUGUGUAAGUUCAUCAUUUAUAGAAAUGUGAAAUUUCAUGAGAUUCCUAAGAUACUGACAUACUGAGAUACCUGUAAUAAUUGGAAUUUUUAUGUUGGAUGAUUGCAUGCCACAGAAACACUUAAAUUUCCUUAUUAAUUGGUAACUUUAAUCAGAUCUUUACCUAUUGGCUGUUCUGGGUUUUUGUCAUUCACAGUUAUUAUUUUAAUUUCUUCUUUGGAAGCAUUCACAAUCAGCUAUGGUCCAAAAUUGCUAACUAAGAUCAAGCAAAACAAAAUUAAUUACAUAAAAUUAAGUCAUAAGGAUGUUUUUAUGACUUAAAUGUUUUAUUUUCCAGAGCCAAGGAAAUUUUCUGUCACAAGCUAUCUAUCAUUUGCAAUAAUUUGAUAAAUAAUCCUUUGUGAACAAAUAUGGAAGCAUUUCCUUUUUCUCUCUACUUGAUUCCUGCAAAAUUCAGGAACUAUUUGUGAAUAUUUUUAUUUUUAUUUAUACAAGUUCAGUAAAAAUCCACUCUCUCUUUAUAAGCAGGAUCCAACUGGAAACAUUGUUUAUAUUGCUAAGGUUUGGCUUGAAAUGUCAUAUUUAAGAAUGUGCAUAGAGGCCAGGGGUGGUGGCUCACCCAUGCUGUAAUCCCAGCAUGUUGGCAGCCUGAGGUGGCUGGAUCACUUGAGGCCAGGAGUUUGAGAUCAGCCUGGUCAAAAUGGUGAAACCUCAUCUCUUCUAAAAACACAAAAAUUAGCCAGGCAUCAUGGCACAUGCCUGUAGUCCCAGCUACUCAAGAGGCUGAGGCACGAGAAUUGCUUGAACCCAGGAGGUGGAGGUUGCAGUGAGUGGAAAUCCCACCACUGCACUCCAGCCUGGGUGACAGAGUGAGACUGUGUCUCGGAAAAAAAAAAAAAAAAAAAAGUGCGUAAAAUGCCUGCUUCAUGAGUUCCCAGCUUUACAGUGAAAGAGGGUUCUUGGAUCUCCUGCAGGAAGGAAUUCAAGGAGAGUCACAGAGUGUAGAGAGAACAGACAGUUUAUUGAAAGCUACUCAGUUACAGAGUAGGGCAUCCUCCAAAAGCAAGAGGAGGAAUGUGCUGUCUUUGUUUUAAACUCUUCUUUUAUAGGGGUUUUAUCUAUGUAAAACCUAAGCUAUGUCUACAUGUGGGUAGGCUGUCAGUGUGACAAAAUUUAGUACUUUGUUGAUAUAAAGAAACUUACCCUUGUCAUCUUAGUGCAUAAGUACAUCAAAGUAUGACUAUAGCUACCUUAAAAGCAUGCAUUGUUAUGUGAUAUUGGGACAUCUGGACAUUCUGCUGUCAUAGGAGUUUGUCCUUGCAGCAUUACUAAAUCACUUCCUUAGCUGUAAACACCUUAUAAUCAUAGGUCAUGACUGUCAAGGAAUGUGCCUUGCUAGUUUUUAGAUGGAGUUGAUUUUAAAAUAGUGUCACUCUGGCUUUCCUAUGUUCCUGCUUUCCUAACAAAUCUGGUUCAACUUUUUUUUUUAUUCAACAUAAUCUUUUUUUUCCAUGCUACCUCAUUUACAGAGUGCUUCCUAUAGAUAUGGUUGGUCUGUAUGUUUCCUUUUUCAGCUAUGAUUCUUAUUUUUUUGAAUCACACAUGCUUUAUGGGGGCUUCCACUACCAUGAGCCAUAUUUUCUGUAUUACCAGCAAGAUGUUUGGGUUUGUUUUUUGUUUUGUUUAUAUUUCAAGUUUUGUUUUAGAUUUAGAAAGUACAUGUGCAGGUUUGUUAACAUGGGUAUAUUGCAUGACGCUGAGCUUACAAUACCAAUGAUCCCAUCACUCAGGUAGUGAGCAUAAUAUCCAAUAGGUAGUUUUUCAGAACUUGCCUUAUCUUCCCUCUCUCCCUGCUCUCUUAAUUCGAAGUCUAUUUCCUAUCUUUAUGUCCACAUGUUUCCAGCAUUUAGCUCCCACUUAUAGGUGAGAGUAUGUGGUAUUUGUUUUUCUGUGUCUGCAUUAAUUUACUUAGGAGGAUGGCUUCCAGCUGCAUCUUUUGUUGCAAAGGACAUGACUUUGUUCUUUUUUAUGACUGUGUAGUAUUCCAUGGUGUAUAUGUACCACAUUUUCUUUAUCCAAUCCACCGUUGAUAGGCAUCUACAUUGAUUCCAUGUCUUGGCUAUUGUGAAUAGUGCAGCAAUAAAUAUGCAUGGUUCAACU